CUAACAUUUACAUUCCUAUAAAUGACCCUCGUACAAUUACUGCAACAGUCCAUAUAUAUUCCUUUCAACAAUGGGUCUGCUGCACGUACAGGUUGGAGUCCUCCUGGCUGUGUUUCUUAGCACUCAGGCGUGUAAACAACCAAGUUGUGGUUGCAUUGUUUCUGAUUACACUGAAAUCUCAAAGCACAGUUAUGUCUACAAACCGAUACGAUCAGACGAAUACCAAACCUUCUUAGGUCGGAUGUCGAACGCAUUAUCGGCACAUUGGCUGGCAUUCACAUACAUUAAAUCCUUCCCUGGCGACAUUGAGCCACCUGAAGAAUUGGGAAAUCCAAUAUGUCCUACCGAACAAAAGCACAUUCUUGGAUACUUCAAAAACCACGGGUUGACAUUGUGUUUGGUUGUUGAACCACAUAUUCAGAAUAUUAAAAAGGCUGAAUGUUGCGGUGAGGACCCCCCAUGUGGAGAAAACACGCGUUGCGUGGCCAGCGGUUUUGAACAGAGAAAGUACCUUGUCUAUUGUGACGCCCUCUAUAUUGAUUACGACGGAUGCCUUAUCGGAACAGACGAACUAUUGGACACACGUCCAAGAAGCUUUGACGACGGCGAUUUCAUCGAUGGCGCUACAAUUAAGCGCGACGCAGAUGAGACGCACGGCAACCCGACUACUGCAGAGAGGUCUAAACGUUUUUGGGAAUGUCCCUCGAAUAAGUGGUACUUCGCUUUCAGACACGACUUCCUGUCCACCACAUGCACCGCUAAAAAAUGUAACUGUGGCUGAAAUGUUGUGUGUAUCUAUAAACGUUGCAUUUCCGUCUCGGUAACAAUCAAAACCCGCCAAUGCUACAGUUAUCAAAACAUAUAACUAAACAUAACAAAGAGCCUUUGCAAAUUAUGUUUUGCAGAUUUAAGUAAAUGGAAAUAAAAAAUCGCAGUACAUGA